GGAACAUCACUAGAAAUUCCCCAAUCCAGGAGAAGUCAGGACAGGAGCAAUUGGCACAAGGAGAGGAGACUUCCAUCCAACGGGGCGGUCGCGAAGCAUUUUUCGACGCACAUCAAGAUAUUCACUCCUUCCCAUUCGAGUGAAGGGUGUUCUUCAUCACCCGUCCAUCUCCUGUCUUGCACAACAUCACCCGGAACCCACUGCUACGGGGGGCUCACCUAUCUCGGCCAGACAUCGCCGUGCUGUCGCACUCUGGCGUUCGCGACAGUGACUUUUAUUUUUUCUAGACCAACUAGCAGUCGACGGUCCUCGGGCGAUUGCGUCCACAGUUCCACACGUUCAGCCGACCUCCUCCCAAGAGUCUCAGUACUGUAUUCGAGGGCACCCACCUGCCAAGUGCACGCGGCAGCAUGCAUGUACAAACGGGCACCGCGACCAUGGCAUACUCAACAGUCCCUCUCCCAGCGUCUCCUACCCUCACCAAUCCCGACAUGAUCUUGCCUUAUGGAGAGUACGAUUCGACCCCUUCCCCUCCUCGUGGGACAUAUCGAUCGGGCUCUCCAAACGAAGAUUGGGAGACAAAUCCUGCGACAAUGCAAUUCUCGAUUGGAUCCUCUCACUCCCAUAUGGGCUUAAUGACCCCUACAACGCCUAUCAUAUACGGGAACGGAACAAUGCUGUCGGAUAUUGGAGAAGUGACAGAAGCUGAGAGCACACCGGGAAGGAAGUUGCCUGGACCAGCAGAGAGGAGGAUGUUGAAGCAGCAACAGCAACAAAAUCAACCUUUGCGAUCGAGCCCAACGAUUGGCUAUGACGCUGUGAUGAAGAGAACGAAAACGGGAACACACCAACGGAAGAUCUCAAUUGAAUCUACAAGCACUAUCACGUCAGAAGCACAGCACGGAGAGCUCUUUAAGGACUUUGACGAUUCGGCGAGCGUUGACGACAGCGUAUUCCAGGGAGACGAUGAAGAGAGUGUUGCAGAUUCUUACACUGAGGAAGUGAUCGCCUCGGAAACCAAACGUCUAAAUCAACAAGAUAACAAUAUUGGCAAAGAUGAAGACAGGAAUUCAAGCGCAGCAUUAAGCAGGAGAGCAGAGCAGAUCUUGUUGAACGCGAAGAAACGGCUGAAUAACAUGGAAGGCAAUCUCACCAGAGCACGAAGCUCGUUGUAUAUUACUCCCACCGGGUCCAUGUCCUCUAUUCACAGCAGCAGUCCCUUAUCACGAUCGACCCCGUCUCCUCCUCAGAACGAGCCACGACUGAUAACAUCCCUUGGAGUUGCUCCGUCGAAACACAGACAGCUGAAUACCCCUUCUGAUUCUCCGACGAAUAGUCCGGGCCAUUCGAGAGUCUACAGCGAAACUUCAAUAUCAUCUCCUCUGCGACCUGUUGCGUUUCCAGUUCGUUCAGCAAGCGCGGCAGCUCGUUAUAUCGGUAGAAGUGGAUUGGAUGCCAGUCAGCCAUCUCCUCCUCUGAGUUACACUCCUGAGGGCACACAUGAAGAGAGCAGGACUGGAUCUCGCUCUGGAUUCACCUCGUCCUUGAGUAAAGCAUCUCCACCCCAUGGCACAAUACUGGAACCACUGAGUGAAGACGAUGCUAGUCCUGAUUUCGAGGCUGAUCGUGCCAGCAUGAGGUCUGCUCUGGACGAUCAGCUAGGCCCAAGCGGCGAGCACCGAGGCUUGACGCGCUCUGCGUCUUCUAUGCAGAUGCGGGACCUUCGGGACCAGAUGCAAGAUCUAAAGGGUCGGUUGUCCGUGCUUCGGGACCGUGCUCGAGACGAUACAAUGAAACGUCGAAGUUUACAGAGCCUACGUACGCCUAGCCCCUUUACCGCAGCCGAGCAGUGGUAUGCAGGUGCAAAGAAUUACGGCAACUCUCCACCUUUGAGUGCUGAUGCAGGUGUUGCUCAACCUCCUUGGAAUGAACCGGAGCGCGAGAAAGACGGUGGGAAGGAGAGAGAGCUGAAAGAGAGUGCCCCGAUUGCUCCAGGAUAUGCAAAUUCGGAUGUCACAAGUGUGUAUGAAGAUGUCAUCGAGACCCAUGCCUCAGACGGUAUGACAGGUCGCGAACCACCGAUCCAAGAGGAGGACUAUGAUACAGCUGCUGAGGGAGAGCAGCCACAAGAUUUCGAGGAGGAUUUUGUGGACGAAUACAACGACGAGAUGGUCAACCGUGAGGAGGCCGAUGAUUACGAAAGUGAUGCUUCUUUAUAUCACGACACAGUUGCAACUCAAAUUUCACAUGAGGACCGAGAAGAUGCCUUCGAUUAUGAGCACUUCUUCUUACAUAGCGCGAUGGGGACGAUCAGUCAACAACGAAAUGGAAGGAGAGAUAGCGUUGGCAGUUAUAGCUCUGAGGAUUCUGUUGAGACGACACGGGGUCCGACAACGUCCAGUACCGCAAAGGUGAAUGAACGUACAUCGUUGGGACAUCUCAGAUCUGGAAGCACCGAUUCUAUCUCUACAAUGGCAACAUUUGCUACAGCGACAGAAGGCAAUGGCUCUGAAAAUGGCGAGGAUGGCAAUGCAGAUUUCUCCGUACAAGAGGUUACUGCUCCAGAAGUAAGAACAAGCACGCCAGUCACCGCGAAACGUACAACCUUUGGCAGUGCUGUCAAUGGCGCUUCCGAUAACAACCAGGUAUCAACCCAAGUUGUUCGAAGGCAUUCUACCGGACACGACGAACAGCAAAGGAUUGUCAGUGCGGCCCACCGUCCAUCGGUUGCUUCUUUCGAGUCUUUCCAAUCGACCGGAACUACGCGCAGCUUUCCAUUGGUGAACAAGCCUAAAAUACAGCAGCCAACAUCUAGUGACCCCGAUUUGCGUCUCAAAGAGCAUGAAGCUUCGCGUUUGAGUGACUCCACUACCUUGACAGAAGUCAACUCAAGUCGCGAGCGUCUUGAGCCAUCACCUGUGCACAUGCUAGCAAAAGAUGAUCAGAUAUUGGUGGAGAGGCUGGUAGCCAGCCUUGGCAAGUGCGUCUUGGGUCUGCAAGAAGCCGGACGAGGAAGCUACGAUGGCCGUGUAUGGAGACGACGAUUAGACGCUGCAAGAAGGGUUCUUGAAGGGCAGGAGGGUGCCGUUUAGUACAUACAUUUCGAUUCUACAAUUUUUCUUUGUUCUGGCGUGGGUACUGGAUGUUUGAUUUGGAGGCCGUUUUAUCUAAACUUCGACACAGCUUUCAUUUGUAGGAGAGGCGUUAUUUACGGAGUCACGAACUUGCUUUUUUCCAGGGCGGAAGGCGUACUUGGCUGGACAGCCAUACGGAGAUCUUCUUUGAUACCCAAUUUGUUCUUCUGAGCGUUGAGCUUGCAUUUAGCUUGCGCUGCUGUAGCGUAACAGCUUUUGAUUCGGGCGGAGAACAGGUGUGUUAUGUAUAUCUAUGGGACGUAAGAACUUAUUGUAAUUUUUAUUACGAAUGAGAGACAAUUAUUCGUGUUGAGAUGUGGU